GAAGAACCGAAAGGAAACCCGCGCAGGUGGUGUGGUUUCGCGGGUCUCGGCGCGGGCCAUGGAGCUGCGGGCGCUCGGUUGGCUCUGGCUGCUUUGCUGCUGGUGGUGCUGCUGCGUUGGCCGCGGAGCCGGCCAAGGUGCCACCUUCAUCCCGACUGGACCACGGAGCCGCGAGCGACAGGAGGCCGCCUUCCGGGAAAGUCUUAAUAGACAUCGAUAUUUGAAUUCUUUAUUUCCUAGUGAAAAUUCCUCUGCUGUCUAUGGAAUAAAUCAAUUUUCAUAUUUGUUUCCUGAAGAGUUUAAAGCUAUUUAUUUAAGGAGCAAAGCUGUCACAUUUCAAAAAUACUCAGCAGAAGUCUCAGAGUCCAUCUCCAACUUGUCUUUGCCAUUAAGAUUUGACUGGAGAGACAAGCAUGUUGUAACACUAGUGAAAAACCAGCAGGCGUGUGGAGGAUGCUGGGCCUUCAGCGUGGUAGGUGCAGUGGAAUCAGCAUAUGCAAUAAAAGGGAAGCCUUUGGAAGACCUGAGUGUGCAGCAGGUCCUUGAUUGUUCAUAUAAUAACUAUGGCUGCAAUGGAGGAUCUACUGUCAGUGCUUUGAACUGGCUAAAUACGACGCAAGUAAAACUGGUGAGAGAUUCAGAAUACCCAUUUAAAGCACAGAAUGGCCUGUGCCAUUACUUUUCUGGCUCACAUUCUGGAUUUUCAAUCAAAGGCUAUUCUGCCCAUGACUUCAGUGGUCAAGAAGACAACAUGGCAAAAGCUCUUCUUUCCUUUGGUCCUUUGGUAGGGAUAGUAGAUGCAGUCAGCUGGCAAGAUUAUCUGGGAGGGAUAAUACAGCAUCAUUGCUCCAGUGGUGAAGCAAAUCAUGCAGUGAUCAUAACUGGGUUUGAUAAAACAGGAAGUACUCCAUAUUGGAUUGUGCGGAACUCAUGGGGAAGUUCAUGGGGAGUGAAUGGCUAUGCCCAUGUCAAAAUGGGAGGGAAUAUUUGCGGCAUCGCAGAUUCUGUUUCUGCCGUAUUUGUAUGAUACAUUGACUGGAUCAAGAGAUGAUCACAAAAAUGAAGGUUCAUAAUGAAAUGUUGCUGGUAAUUCCUUCUCAGCAUUAUUCACCUUUAGGUUUUAGCAACUACCCACAAAAGGUUCUAGGGGCUAGUAGCAUUUAAACGAAGCUCUAGACUGUUCCCUUCAUAUGUGGAGAGAUGGGCAACCGAGGUCAGCGGGAAGAACAGCAGCACAACGGCCUGGGAAAGAGCUUCCUGCUCUGGAGGGAGCCUCAGAUUAAAAAAUAUUUUAGGUCUGUUUAUUUUGAAGAGGGUGUUACCUGGUUUUGUCUGAUUGCUGUUUUUGUUUGUUUUUUAUUUGUUUAUUCUUAAUGUCACACUUCUGGGAGGGUUAAAGAGAUGAUGAGAAUGUCUUUUCUUUUGCGGGAUAUAAUCACCGCCUUAGCUUACCCCUCCAUACAGCCAUAGCCACCCUACAAUUACGUGUGCCUCUCGCAGUUAUACUCGCAGCCCUCUGAGAUGAAAUUUUGUAAGGAUUUUGAAAUACCAAUAGCUUUCCCUCAACAAAUUGCGCUUAUCCCUUGAACUGCAGAGAGAUCAUGUAGUAAGAAGCAAAAGGACAAAAAUCACUUUUUACAAGAAUGAAAUUAAAUGACAAUAAAUUAUAUGGCAACUGUGUGAUAAGAAAAAAAGUGAGUAGCAUUGCCUGAGAGAUAAAGUAUUAUUUGGAAAUUUUCAUUUUCAAUAAGAUUCCAAUAGACUUCAUUGCUUACUUUGGUCUCCCUAAAUUGAAAGACAAUAUAUUUUUCCAUAUUUUUCCAUUCUCUCUCUCUCUUAAUCUUUACUGUGGCACCCCUAAAUUUUCCAGGUUGUUUGACUUCCCUGUCUAAGAAGUCUCAUUGUUUAUUUUUCAUUUCUUUCUUUCUUUCUUGCUGCAUCUAAACCACCAACAUCAAGUUCUCCCUCUUUCUCUUUUUCCCAUUAUUUGUAGGUAACAUGCCUUUCAAAGUCUAAUAUCAUUAAUCUGGGAUAUCAGCCAGAAUGUGAGUUUCCCAAGUUCUCUAUUUUCCCAGUUUUCUGCUUAUGUUUCCCAGACUCCCAUUCUAACUAUUGUUUUGUACAUCCUUUUGACUUUUGCCUGGUUCCUAGUUCUUUAUGCCCAUGUUCUCUAUCUUGCCUAAAUCAUUAUGUAUGGCUGUGGAAAAACUUCAGAGCAUAAGAAGAUGGUCAUUUGAUUAUACAACUGUAUUAAAUGUUAUAUAACAAAAUCUAAUCAAAGACUACAUAUGUAAGUAUUUCUUCUCUAAAAUUCAUGGUUGCUUCUUUUUCCUUUUCAUUGAAUUUAUUGGGGUGACACUGAUUAACAAAAUCGUAGAUUUCAGGUGCACAAUUCCACUACACAUCACUUGUAUACUGUAGUAUGUGUUCUCCACUCCAAGUCAAGUCUCCUUCCAUCACGAUUUAUCCUCCCUUACCUUCCUCUACUUCCCUCCGCCCCCACUUCUACCAGCAAUCACCACACUGUUGUCCAUAUCCCUCUGUCUUCUCUCUUUCUCUCUUUCCUUCUCUCUCUUUUCUGCUCAAUCCCUCCAGGUUCUUUCUAAUGUAAAAUAUAUUAUAAAAAUGAAAUUGUAAGUAUAGCAGCAACCACUAAAAAAAAUUGAGGACAUCUUAUUUUUUCUUCCCCUUUUGGUUUUUAUUUAUCUAUUCCCUUUAUCAGAAAAUGAAAAUUAAAAAUAAAACACUGUAUUUCUUUUUCUUACACCAACCAGAACCAAUCUCAAAAAUGUAUGUGUUGACUCGGGUUUAGAAAUGUUACAUGAAGACAAGCAUUGAUAGUUGAAUUGAUUAAUAUUCUAAUUACUUAAGUAUACGAAAUGGAACUAAGUUUGUAUUCAUUUACUGAUUUCUAUAUAAUACAAAUGCUUUUCUGAUACUCUUUCUUAAAUGCUAAAUUUUUAAAUUACAAAAUGAUCAAUACCUCACAACUGCUCUGGAUUUGAUGACAUUUAUAAUAAAAAAGCCAUUAUUUGACUUUGUGUUAAGAAGACUGUUUCCAGAAGUGUGUGGCUUACAUUUGUAAACACAGUGUUAAUGUGCUUUACAUUCUUCCAAGAAUUUUGCUCGGUUCCAAAUCCAUGUACUACAUUUUUGGUUUUCUCCACACACACCUUAACCUCAAUGUCUCAAAAAUAAACAAACAAGGAAACUUUCUGCACCUCUUAGAGUCUCUAUUUUGGUUAACAGCAUCAACAUUAUGUAAUCACCUAAUCUAAAAUUAAGGGAAAUCUUCUUAGGUAUUCAAUCAGGCCAAUUAUACCUUAGUAACCGAUCACCUAGUCACCUGUCUCCUCUCCAUUUCUAUUGUUCCUUUUAUGAUGCAUGUUCUUUAGUAUCUCCAUUAUUUAGUAAUCUACCCACUAAACCCUAUGUUCUUUAAUCCAAUGGUUCUCAAAAGUGUAGUCCCCAGAUCAGAUGACACCUGAAGAUUUGUGAAGCCCUUUAUUUUAAUAA